GCCCACAAAACUGGCUUCAGCAAAGGGUUAUGGGAAUGGUGGCUGUCGAGAGUUCUGUCCACUGGGGGCACUGUGUGGGCAUCUGCAGAUGAGGCCAAGACUGGCAGAUACCCAAGGAUCCGCUGACUCGUCACCGAGGGACUUAAUGUCACUAAACGUGAAAUCAAAAGUGUGGAGGAGGUCCGGAACGCCAAAGUCCCCCUCAUGUAGACGGAGUGGAGAGGAUGGCAGCUUAUAUAGUGCCUUGCAGUGUGCGCGGUACGAGUCCGAGGCUUUACAACGCGCUGGUGAGGCCUCAGCAGGGCACAGAAAAGGCGCAGAGGUGACCUGACUGAGGACUUGACACGCACGGGCAUCGGACCAGGGAGGGCUGCGGGCCCAAAAAAUGGAGAUGCGUUACUCACAGGAAGUUACGCCGGACCCCCCAGAGGGAGUGGGGCAGGCGGCUCAGAGCUCUCAUUACAGCGGCGAGAGUGGCGGCGGUGGCAGUAACGUCACUGUCACCACUGACCUGUCCACCUCCCGUCUAGUGGCUUCACAGACUGCCCUCCUAGCUGGGCACACGUCCCGACCCCCGCAGGCAGCACGUGAGCCAUUUAGGCCACAGUUGAAGACCCUCAGUGUGCCCCCCCCAUGUGGCCCACAUGCACGCCAUAAAAGGAGCUUUGAUGACGAGGGCAGCUGGGGGGCAAAGCCAUCUGUUAAAGGCAACAGGUGGGCAACACACAGGACGGCGGGGAGGCAGCAAAACACUGUGGUCACCCACGGCCCACCGUUCCGGCUCUGGCAAGAAGGUGGCCGUGCCAGCCCUGGAGUGAAGCGUUUUGCAGAAGACGGGCAGGCGGAUGAAGUCGUCAAGGAGCUGACGGAGAUCAGAAAGAGCCUGAAGAUGAUCCACGCCAUCCACCAGGCCCCCAACGUGUCCAGUGGGACCGGUCGCACCGCAGCUCGGGUCCUGGUGGUGCCCAGAGCCUCAAGGCUCUCCCUGCUCACGAAGCUCAUCCCGAGUCCCGACUGGUUCACCGGCGUCGACAGCCUGGACCUCUGUGACGGUGGGCACUGGAAGCCGAGAGUCACCUUGGACCUGCACCCUUACGACGCGGGCACAGACAGUGGAUUCACUUUCUCUUCCCCCAACUUUCCCACGUCCCCACGGGAGAACAUCACGCGGAUCACAUCUCAGAGCCCCAAUCACCCCGCCAGCUCAUUCUACUACCCCAGGCUGGCAGAACUACCGCCACUGGCCACGCUGACCAUCGUACGCCGGACAAAGCGGCUUGCCGGACGUCUGCACCCCUCUCACCACAUCCGGCGGGUGCCGGGGACCCAGCACUUUUCUGAAACGCCGCUGGACUGCGAGGUGUCCCGCUGGUCAUCGUGGGGCUUGUGCUCGGCCCCCCAGUGCGCUCAGACUGGACUUCGCCAGAGGACGCGUUUCGUUUUGCUCAGCCCAGCCAACGAUGGAGAGCCGUGUCCAGACUUGGAGGAGCAGAGUCCGUGUGUCCGGGAGGGGUGCUCUGUGGACGGUGACAGAAGGUGAAACCCACCCAGGAUGAAGCCCCCCAGUAGGCUGAGCAGCCAGUCCCUUCAUGAUAUUCACAUAUUGAAUGUAAUAUUCCGCUCAAGAGAGAGUCGAGACCCCCUGGGCUCCCAGUCUCCAGUUUUCUGGUUAUUGCCGGGUGUUUGCUUCUUUUUUUAUGGGACGCCUCUCGUGCUUUGGGUUCCAUUCAGACAAACCCUUUCUGUCUUUUCUGUGCUGCCCUUCUUACUUUUCUUUGCCAUUUUGUGCUUCUUUCUGAUUAUUAAA